UAACCAUGGAAGAACUGAAAGCCCCUAUUUCUCCUCGUCGCACACGCGAUUCACAGACACCGAACAGUUUCCUUCUCUAUAUGUGUCUGUCUGUCUCUCUCUCUAUACGUGUUAGCAAGUAUGGGCAAAGGACCUAAAGGACCUGGAGGUCCUGGACUCUUCUCCGAUAUCGGCAAGAAAGCCAAAGAUCUGCUGAGCAAGGACUAUACUUCGGACCAGAAGUUGUCUAUCUCGACUUACAGUGACACCGGAGUGGCCAUCACAUCAACUGCGACGAAGAAAGGAGGACUAUAUAAUGGGGUUGUGGCAUCACAGUACAAAUACAAGAACACAUUAAUUGAUGUCAAAGUAGAUACAGAGUCAAAUAUCUCAACGACUCUAACUACCACCGAGGUUGCCCUACCUGUGAAGACUAUCCUUUCACUCAAAUGGCCUGACUACAGCUCUGGAAAGAUUGAAGUUCAGUACUUCAAUUACCAUGCAACAUUUGCUACAGCUGUUGGUCUCAACCAAUCCCCUACAGUUGAUGUUUCAGCAACCAUUGGUACCCCAACCAUUGCCUUUGGUGCUGAGGCUGGUUAUGAGACCACUUCUGGUAAAUUUAUCAAGUACACUGCUGGGUUAAGCGUGACAAAACCAGACUCUUGUGCUUCAGUGAUUCUGGGUGAUAAAGGUGACACUAUAAGGGCAUCAUAUGUCCAUCAUUUCGAUCAAUUAAAGAAGACUGCUGCUGUGGGGGAGAUCACUAGAAGAUUCUCCACAAACGAGAACACAUUCACCGUGGGAGGAUUAUACGCAGUUGACAACCUGACAGUGGUGAAAGCUAAGCUCAACAACCAUGGUAGGCUCGGGGCAGUCUUGCAGCAUGAGCGUGUACCAAAAUCAGUUCUAACCAUCAGCACCGAGUUCGACACCAAGACAUUGGAGAAGACUCCAAGGUUUGGCUUGUCCUUUGCUCUCAAGCCAUGAUGAUUUUAUGGAGGAGAUGAUGAUUGUUGAAGUUCACCCAAUUGAUUUUUUUUUUUAAUUGGCGAGUUCUUGAAAGGAGCUCCCAAUAAAUGGUUCCGCAGAGCUGUCAUAUAGAUUCUCAACAACUCUGGAUGGAUUACUUCAAUAUGCUCGGGCCCUUCCGUGGUCUGUUUUUCUCUCUAUCUGCGAUAAAUUUUGACCAUUUUUUUUCUGGCAUCUGCACAAUUAUUCUUCUUGGGAAAUCUUUUGUUGGGUUUGAUUCAAAACUUCGCCUGCUUUGGUUGUCUUCCAGUACCCAGCUAUCCAUGUAUUCUUCUUUCUGGCAUCAUGUAUUGAGAUAAUCCUAUUUGAGCAUGGUAUUACCUUUUCAAUUGAUGUUA